CUCGGUGCUAUAGCUGAACCCCAUCUUUCUAAUACUCCACUUGACGCAAUUAUCAACUGCAAGUUGACAAGGAAGAAAAACCUGGAGAAUAGUAAAUAUUACUGUCAUAAAAAAUUAUGUUCAGUCACUGAAUAUUUUUUUAUUUCAAUUGACAAGAAGUUUGCGCAAUAAAUACUGCCUGGAUGUUUGAGCAUGGGAACGUUAUUGUCAUUAAAACAAGUGAAUUUCCACAAUUUGCGCAGCUGCAGCAGACUAAAGAACAUUGUGCCAGUGAAUGUCUUCCCCCUCCACUGUCCUCUCCGUGUUGUUCCAGCCAGGGCUCCAUUUCAGAGGGCGGAGAUGGAAUAUUCAGAUCAGCUGAGUGACAGCUCGUGUUUUCCACCGUUCUCAGAACUCCACUGGCUCCUUCGUCCAACUCCUCACUUCAGAGUUGAGGCUACUAAAAACAUCGGACGCUAGGGGAUCGAGACGUCGCCUGCCUCUAUGUGCAGGGCACUUUACUGAUCUUUUGGGGGUCGCUUUUUAAUUAUUUUUAUUUGAAUUGUCUGAAGAUCUGUUUAGUGAGCUCAUUAUUCUACAGAAGUCCAUUUUCCGUGCUUUCCUCUUUGGAAUCAGCAGCAACAGACUCUCAGUGAGGCAUGUCUUACCCCCAGGGUUACCUCUACCAGCCGCCGGGCUCCCUGGCUCUCUACUCCUGCCCGGCUUACGGGGCUUCAGCCCUGGCUGCCCCGAGGAGCGACGAGCUGGCCAGGUCGUCCAGUGGAUCAGCCUUUAGUCCUUACCCCGGAUCAGCUGCUGCCUUCACGGCUUCAGCCAGCGGCUUCUCCAGCCCAAUGCCAUACUCCACAGACCCUGCCACGGGAUUUCCUUCCUACAUGAGCUCUCCUUACGACGCGCAGGGCAUGGCCGGGGCGCUGAGCUACCACCCCUACGGUAGCCCGGGAUACCCCUACCAGCUCAACGACCCGGCCUACCGCAAGAACGCGACCCGAGACGCCACCGCCACGCUGAAGGCCUGGCUACAGGAGCACAGGAAGAACCCCUACCCCACCAAGGGAGAGAAGAUCAUGUUGGCCAUCAUUACUAAGAUGACCCUGACGCAGGUGUCCACCUGGUUCGCCAACGCCAGGAGGAGGUUGAAGAAAGAGAACAAGAUGACGUGGGCUCCCCGGAAUAAGAGUGAGGAUGAGGACGAUGGAGACGGAGAGAGGAAUGAUGACCGCUUGGAGAAAAAUCUUGACAACAGCGAGACGUCCGCGGAGGAUGAAGGUAUCAGUUUGCAGGUUGAUACCCUUACAGACCAUUCUUGUUCAGCGGAGUCUGAUGGGGAUAAGGUGAGCUGUCGAAUCGGGGACCAGGUCUGUGAGUCUGGGUCAGAUACUAAGGACAAAUGUGAGGAUGAUUAUGAUGAUCACGAACUGGAGAAUGAUGAACGACACCGAAGCCUGUCACCUAAACCUGUGACAUCAUCACCACUAACAGGGCUUGAGGCCUCGGUCUUAAACAAUCACCACCGGGAAAACAACAACAAAUCAUGUCUUGACAGCCGAAUCUCAGGUCGUCACAAUCAAGCCGUCAAACCCAAACUGUGGUCGUUAGCGGAGAUCGCUACUUCAGACCCGAAGCAGCAGCAGCAUCACCCGGGGCAGACUUGUCCAUCCCUCGGUCUUCUAACCUCCACCUCCUCCACCCCUUCCCCGGCCGUCCCUGGCGCUGUGUACUCCGCCUCUUCCAUCCUAGGACGACCCAUCUACUACACGUCUCCGUUUUACAGUAAUUACACAAACUAUGGCAACUUCAGCCCGCUGCAGGGUCAAGGGAUUCUGCAAUAUAACUCUGCUAACGACGGACUCACACAGACUGCUGCUGAGGUCAGCACCAUGCAUAAACACACCACUGACUCUCUGCUUAAAACGAACGCUAACCACAUUGAACAGUUCAGACCCUCACAUUUAUACUCUAAGAAAGGUACGUAACAUGCAAUUAUAGUUUCAAAAGAAGGACUUGUAUUUUAUGCAUUUGAAUUCACUUCAUUGGCCUUUGACUGAAUAUGUGAUGUUUUGAAACAUAUACCUAGUUGUCCCUAAGCAGAAGGCUUAUGAAGGCCUCCGUGUAAUCAGUGCUAGUGUAGGCCUGAGUUGGCGGUAGCUGUAAUGUCGGCCUGUGUGUCAGACUGUCUCUCAGGGCAAUAAGCAGAGAUAUGUUGUUGUCAUAAACAGAGGUUCUAUUAACAGAACGUCUUGAGACCUGCUCACACAGUAGGAACGCAGCAUUACUUAAAAAUAUCACUUUAGUUGGAUUGGUUAUUAUGGACUACAAAUGAUGGGGUUUUAUAAUUGGUUACACAAUAAUUAGAUACCAUCAUGUUUUAUUUUAACAACAGUUGUGCAAUUUUUUAUUAUAGUAUCAGUGACUGGUGGGCCACUUUCUUGUUAUUUAAGACCUUUACCUCUGCAACUCCAGCUCUUACUUAAUACAACCUGGGAAGGACUUUAGGACAAACUCUGUGGGCUAAAGGUGAGGUUCUAAAGGUCAUGUUGUGGUUCUGAUUCAGGUCUAUAGGUAGGUGUCACAAUUGCUUUGACUAAAGCCCCGAGCCAUCACCCUGCACCCUGGUCUUAACACUAACCUAACUAACCUUUCUCUAAAGGGGAGAGCUGCAUCUUGCUCCUCAGACAAGACGCCUGGCCUGCAGCACUACAGCUGUUCUCCUCAGAGACAGGCCCGAAGGAUUAAUUAAACCUGAUUCGGGGUUGGGGGAUGAAUUAACCCUGACUUAUUCUAUCAUUUCACUUUCGUUUUCAUGAGAUGUGCGUUGACUGGCUCAGUAAAUGUCCCGCUUUAUGUGAUGAUUUUGGAAGACGUUAUUUCUCAGGAUGCAUCUGCUUCAUUGCCACG